AUGUCUGCAGCAGCUAUUCCAGGGGCAGCAACUGCUUCCCUCUGUUCUCAUCUCCCCAUUGGUGGCUUCCAACCCGAAUUUGGGAAUGGGGACGAUCUCCCACCUGUUAUCUUUGAGCAGACUAAUCUCUUGUAAGCAGAAGUGCCAUUUGGAGCCUUCAAAGCUCUUUGGCUGGGCCCUGGGAAUUUUCCCCCUUACCCAACUCCAGGCUUUCCAAAACCUAUUGCUCUUCUCGGAGAAUACUUUAGGUUUUUUGUUUUUGUUUUAAUUGUAAGAAUCUAUAUUACAGUAUUUUUGCUUCAGUCUUAUUGUGCUCAAAGGGAGGAAACAACUAUCAAUUUGCCUUCUCUGGUGUUAUUUAUAAGAUUCAUUCUUUCUCUUUGCUCUGCUAGGGUUAAAACACAUUUACAACAUGGGUAACUCAUUCGAUUUCGGAGUUCUUUUAAUUCUUCUGAAAAAUUUCAAAUCCUCUAGAAGCCAAAAUGGGACACAGUAAACAGAUUAGAAUUUUACUUCUGAACGAAAUGGAAAAGCUGGAAAAGACCCUCUUCAGACUUGAGCAAGGGUUUGAACUACAGUUCCGAUUAGGCCCAACUUUACAGGGAAAAGCAGUUACUGUGUAUACAAAUUACCCAUUUCCUGGAGAAACAUUUAAUCGAGAGAAGUUCCAUUCCUUGCAAUGGGAAAAUCCAACAGAAAGAGAAGAUGAUUCUGAUAAAUACUGUAAACUUAAUCUUCAACAAGCUGGAUCAUUUCAGUAUUACUUCCUUCAAGGAAAUGAGAAAAGUGGUGGGGGUUACAUAGUUGUGGAUCCUAUUUUACGUGUUGGUGCUGAUAAUCAUGUGUUACCCUUGGACUGUGUUACUCUCCAGACUUUUUUAACUAAGUGUUUGGGACCCUUUGAUGAAUGGGAAAGCAGACUUAGGGUUGCAAAAGAAUCAGGUUACAACAUGAUUCAUUUUACACCAUUGCAGACUCUUGGACUAUCUAGGUCAUCCUACUCCCUUGCUGACCAGUUAGAAUUAAAUCCUGACUUUUCAAGACCUAAUAAAAAGUAUACCUGGCAUGAUGUUGGACAGCUAGUGGAAAAAUUGAAAAAGGAAUGGGAUAUUCUUUGUAUUACUGAUGUUGUCUACAAUCAUACUGCUGCUAAUAGUAAAUGGAUCCAUGAACAUCCAGAAAGUGCAUAUAACCUUGUGAAUUCUCCACACUUAAAACCUGCCUGGGUCUUAGACAGAGCACUUUGGCAUUUAUCCUGUGAUGUGGCAGAAGGGAAAUACAGAGAAAAAGGAGUACCUGCUCUGAUUGAAAAUGAUCAUCAAAUGAAUUGCAUUCGAAAAAUAAUUUGGGAGGAUAUUUAUCCAAAGAUUCACCUCUGGGAAUUUUUCCAAGUAGACGUUCACAAAGCAGUUGAGCAAUUUAGAGGACUUCUUACACAAGAAAAUAGGAAAAUAAUAUCUCAGCCUGAUCCAAAGCAACACCUUAAGAUUAUUCAGGAUCCUGAAUACAGACGGCUUGGCUGUACUGUAGAUAUGAACAUUGCACUAGCAACUUUCAUACCACAUGAUAAUGGGCCAGCUGCAAUUGAUGAAUGCUGUAAUUGGUUCCGUAAGAGAAUUGAGGAAUUAAACGCAGAGAAGCAUCAACUUGUGAACUAUCAUCAGGAGCAGGCAGUUAAUUGCCUUUUGGGAAAUGUAUUUUAUGAACGACUGGCUGGCCAUGGUCCUAAACUAGGACCUGUCACCAGAAAACAUCCUUUAGUUACCAGAUAUUUUACUUUCCCAUUUGAAGAAAUGACCCCAUCCACAGAAGAAUCUAUGAUUCAUCUCCCAAAUAAAGCUUGUUUUCUGAUGGCGCAUAAUGGAUGGGUAAUGGGAGAUGAUCCCCUUCGGAACUUUGCUGAACCAGGUUCAGACGUUUAUCUAAGGAGAGAACUUAUCUGCUGGGGAGACAGUGUUAAAUUACGCUAUGGGAAUAAGCCAGAGGACUGUCCUUACCUCUGGGCGCACAUGAAAAAAUACACUGAAAUAACUGCAACUCAUUUCCAGGGAGUACGUCUUGAUAACUGCCACUCAACACCAAUUCAUGUAGCCGAGUACAUGUUGGAUGCCGCUAGGAAAUUGCAACCCAAUUUAUAUGUAGUAGCUGAACUGUUCACAGGAAGCGAAGACCUGGACAAUAUCUUUGUUACUAGACUGGGCAUUAGUUCCUUAAUAAGAGAGGCAAUGAGUGCAGCUGAUAGCCAUGAGGAGGGCAGAUUAGUUUACCGAUAUGGAGGAGAGCCUGUUGGGUCCUUUGUUCAGCCCUGUUUGAGGCCUUUAAUGCCAGCUAUUGCACAUGCCCUGUUUAUGGAUAUCACCCAUGAUAAUGAGUGUCCUAUUGUGCAUAGGUCAGCAUAUGAUGCUCUCCCGAGUUCCACGAUUGUUUCUAUGGCAUCUUGUGCUAGUGGAAGUACUAAAGGCUAUGAUGAAUUAGUGCCUCAUCAGAUUUCAGUGGUUUCUGAAGAACGAUUUUAUACUAAGUGGAAUCCUGAAGCAUUGCCAUCAAAUACAGGUGAAGUCAAUUUCCAAAGCGGAAUUAUUGCAGCCAGGCGUGCUAUCAAUAAACUUCAUCAAGAGCUUGGGGCCAAGGGUUUCAUUCAGGUGUAUGUGGAUCAGGUUGAUCAAGAUAUAGUGGCGGUAACAAGGCACUCACCUAGCAUCCAUCAGUCUGUUGUGUCUGUGUCGAGAACUGCUUUCAGGAAUCCCAAGACGUCAUUUUACAGCAAGGAAGUGCCUCAUAUGUACAUCCCUGGCAAAAUUGAAGAAGUAGUUCUUGAAGCUAGAACUAUUGAGAGACAUACAAUACCUUAUAAGAAGGAUGAAAACUCAAUCAAUGGAAUGCCAGAUAUCACAGUAGAAAUUAGAGAACAUAUUCAGCUUAAUGAAAGUAAAAUUGUUAAACAUGCUGGAAUUGUCACAAAAGGACCCAAUGAAUUUGUUCAAGAAAUAGAGUUUGAAAACUUGACUCCAGGAAGUGUUAUUAUAUUCAGAGUUAGUCUUGAUCCACAUGCACAAGUUGCUGUUGGAAUUCUUCGAAAUCAUCUGACACAAUUCAGUCCUCACUUUAAAUCUGGGAGCCUUGCUGUUGACAACGCAGAUCCUAUAUUGAAAAUUCCUUUUGCUUCUAUUGCCUCUAAAUUAACUUUGGCUGAGCUAAAUCAGGUCCUUUAUCGAUGUGAAUCAGAAGAACAAGAAGAUGGUGGAGGGUGUUAUAACAUACCAAACUGGUCGUCUCUUAAAUAUGCAGGUCUUCAAGGAUUAAUGUCCAUAUUGGCAGAAAUAAGACCAAGGAAUGACUUGGGGCAUCCCUUUUGUGACAAUUUGAGAUCUGGAGAUUGGAUGAUUGACUAUGUCAGUAGCCGGCUUAUUUCACGAUCAGGAACUAUUGCUGAAGUUGGUAAAUGGUUGCAGGCUAUGUUCCUCUACCUGAAGCAGAUCCCCCGUUAUCUUAUUCCAUGUUACUUUGAUGCUAUAUUAAUUGGUGCAUACACCACUCUCCUGGAUAUAGCAUGGAAGCAGAUGUCAAGCUUUGUUCAGAAUGGUUCUACCUUUGUGAAACACCUUUCUCUGGGUUCAGUCCAAAUGUGUGGAGUAGGAAAAUUCCCUUCUCUGCCACUUCUUUCACCUUCCCUUACGGAUCUACCAUAUAGAGUAAAUGAGAUCACAAAAGAAAAGGAGCAGUGUUGUGGGUCUCUAGCUGCAGGCUUACCUCAUUUUUCUGCUGGCAUUUUCCGCUGCUGGGGAAGGGAUACCUUCAUUGCGCUCAGAGGUCUGCUGCUGGUUACGGGACGCUAUUUGGAGGCCAGGAAUAUUAUUUUAGCAUUUGCUGGCACCCUGAGACACGGUCUCAUUCCUAAUCUCCUGGGUGAAGGAACUCACGCCAGAUACAAUUGCCGGGAUGCUGUGUGGUGGUGGCUACAGUGUAUUCAGGAUUACUGUAAAAUUGUUCCAAAUGGCCUGGACAUCCUCAGGUGCCCGGUUUCCAGAAUGUAUCCUACAGAUGAUUCUGUUCCUUUGUCUGCUGGCACAGUGGAUCAACCAUUGUUUGAAGUAAUACAGGAAGCUAUGCAAAGACAUGUGCAGGGCAUACAGUUCCGAGAAAGGAAUGCUGGUCCACAGAUAGAUCGAAACAUGAAGGAUGAAGGUUUUAAUAUAACUGCAGGAGUUGAUGAAGAAACGGGAUUUGUUUAUGGAGGAAAUCGCUUCAAUUGCGGCACAUGGAUGGAUAAAAUGGGAGAAAGUGACAGAGCUAGAAACAGAGGAAUCCCGGCCACUCCAAGAGAUGGGUCUGCUGUGGAAAUUGUGGGCCUGAGUAAAUCUGCCGUUCGUUGGUUGCUGGAAUUAUCCCGAAAAAAUAUUUUCCCUUAUCAUGAAGUCCGAGUAAAAAGACAUGGAAAGUUUGUGACAGUCUCAUAUGAUGAGUGGAACAGAAAAAUACAAGACAACUUUGAAAAGCUAUUUCAUGUGUCAGAAGACCCUUCAGAUUUUAACGAAAAGCAUCCUGAGCUGGUUCACAAACGUGGCAUAUACAAAGAUAGUUAUGGAGCAUCAAGCCCUUGGUGUGACUACCAGCUCAGGCCUAAUUUUACCAUAGCAAUGGUCGUAGCCCCUGAGCUGUUUACCCCAGAAAAAGCAUGGAAAGCUUUGGAGAUUGCAGAAAAAAAAUUGCUUGGUCCCCUUGGCAUGAAAACUUUGGAUCCAGAUGAUAUGGUUUACUGUGGAAUUUAUGACAAUGCCUUAGACAAUGACAACUACAAUCUUGCUAAAGGUUUCAAUUAUCACCAAGGACCUGAGUGGCUGUGGCCCACUGGAUAUUUUCUUCGUGCAAAAUUGUAUUUUUCCAAAUUAAUGGGUCCAGAGACUAAUGCAAAGACUAUGUUUUUGGUUAAAAACGUCCUUUCCAGACAUUAUGUUCAUCUUGAGAGAUCCCCUUGGAAAGGACUUCCAGAACUGACUAAUGAGAAUGGCCAAUACUGUCCUUUCAGCUGUGAAACACAAGCCUGGUCAAUUGCUACUGUUCUUGAAACACUCUAUGACUUAUAGUUGAUUCAUGGAUAUAUAUUAAGUAUGCAAACAUUUGUAUUGUCGAAUGCAAGUUCAUAAUAUAAUGUAAAUGCUUUCUAUGCACAGGCUCGAGUCAUUUUAAAAAUCUCGUUCGUAUAAUAUUGAUGCUCAAUUAGGUAAGACUUUUAAAAGCAUUUUGUUUUUUUUAAUGUACAGACGUAGCUUUUGAUUUGAAUCAGAAAGAAAAAUUAUCAUUACCAAUGGAAUGUUUUUUAUUUUGAAUUCAGGAAGUAUUCUUCAAACACCUAGAAAUAGAGUUUGAAAUCCAGAGUUUGAAAAAGAAAAAUUAUGUAAUCAUCUGUUGUACAUAAGCAAAAAUGAAGUAUGAGAGUGUAAUAAUGAAAGAAAUGGAAAAGUAUCUUUAAAUUAUGGUAUAUAUUUUAUUCAGUAACAAUACAUACUGAAUAGGCUGUGGUUAAUUAAUGUUCUCACCUUUUACUAUAUUGUUCCUAACAUCUUCCACACCUCAUUCAAUAGAUAUUAAAUGGAUGUUGAAUCAUGGAAGUGUCCACCUUAAUAUAUGUUCGUAAAUGGAGCACAGAUGUUCAUAAUGUGCUUUUAUUUUUUUCACUAAUAUAGUAAUAUCUUUUUAAUAUAAUGAAUGCCAUAAUAUUUUUGACAUAAUUUACUUGUGCUAAUGAUGCAUAAGAUAUUUGGGGAAAAAACACAAGCAUUAGGAAUUUAUUUCCUAAAAACAGUUUUAUAAUAUUAGCUUUGAGUUCCAGUUUCCUACUAUGAAAUGGUUUAUGUUUUCACAAUGCAAAUUGUUGGACAUAUUUAUGACAAUUUUAAAGAAAAAAGCUAUAUUAAUUUUCUAAAAAUUAUUUUUAGUUCGCAUAAAAGUCUUGAUAGAUCACGGUAGAUACUGGUUUCCUAUUAACUAAAACCUACAUUGACAAAUUCAGCAUUGAGAACAAUUUUAACAUAAUAAACAUAUAGAUAUGAAUUCAGUAGUUAUCUUGAAUUCUAUAAAAUCAUUUUAAAAUGUUUUUACAUUAACAUACCUCAAAUCUGAAAAAGUCAUAAAAGGAAAAAGUUUUAAUGUUUAUGAGUUAACAUUUUUGAACAGUACUUAUUUUCUAGAUGGAAUUUUUCUACUAUUUUUGUCUCAAGGAAACACUUAAAUUAGAUUAUUGUACUUUCAGUUGAAAGAAAAUAGUUGCAAAAAUCUUUUCAUUACUAUUUAAUAUUAUUCAGUGGUAUAUUUAUAGUUCAGUAUAAAUUAACUAUAAUUAUCGUGAUAUAUUUAUAGUUAAUAAAAUAAUGGUACAUAACACUUUUCUCAGUUAAAGGUCACAAACCAAAACACCUUAACUGUCAAUAAGAAAUAAAAAUAAAGAAGAAAAACAAACUAAAAUUUCUGGGUAGGAAAAAUAUACAAAUGCUUCCGAUAUCAAAUGCCCAGGCUCAAAAACUCAUGCAAUUUCCUGUAAGAUUGCCUGCACACACUUCCUCAGAGCUGACCCUGCUUUAGAAACAGUUUGAACCAGCUUACUUUUCUAGUUUUCCCAGCCCAAAGCCAAUUAAAUCCUACAGACUUAAGGACAGUUGUGGUGAUAAUCUGACUGCUAUCUAUAAGCACACUGGUUUUCAAGUUUCCCCUCCUUCAGUGCUCAAUGUAUAAGUGUCUAUACCCUGUGGGUUAAAAGGAAUGAGCUUUGUUGAGAGAAAGAAGCAUUAGUCAGCAAAGGUUUAUGUAGUUAUGUUGCUGUACUGUAACUUCUACAUUAAAGGUAGGAAGAAAAGUAACUGGGAACCAGCAGAUGUAAUGAAAGCAAGGAGUAAUAGUUCAUAGUUAAAUGUGAUAAAUAAAUAAUAAAUAACAAGUUGAGAAUUUUUAAAACAUAGCCAUAUUAGGUUAUCUAUAGUAGGGCAAAUACCCACCUCAGUAAUUUUUUAGGAUAUCGCGUUGCACUAGGAAAUUAAGCGGUUCUUAUUCCUAAUAAGGAAAAUUAAUGAAAGAACAUUAUUAUAUCUGCAUGGUCUAGUUUACCGUUUAAGAAGGCAUGUUACACAUUAUUUCAUCAAAGGUAGUUAAAAUAACAGUUACAGAUUUUGGAGGAGUAAAUGUCAUGUGACUAAAGAGCAUUUAUUAAACAGAAUGCUUCAUUCCUGAGUGAUGUUAGAUGAGGUACCAUUAUAUUACUUUUCGACAAUGGCUCAUGCCUUGGUUCUUCACAAUCGAAAUCAGCCUUACUCUUUAACUUGAGAAGUAAGUUUGCCACUUAAACCAGUAUGUUGUGAUAAUUUUAUAAGUUUCAAAGAUAACUGAGGAAACAUGAGACCUGUCUUCAUAUCUGUGAACAUUAUAACCUAGCGAAUUGUAAUCCGUUUCUGAUAUGUCUUCAACUGCUCCAUCUAGUGGGCAGAUGUCAUUUUCAUGUCUGUGUGCCAAGAAAAUAAAAAUGUUUUCUAAAGGA